AUGUCUUUUGGAUACGGUUUCGGCGACGUUAUUGCCGUGUUAGGCCUCUUUGAGCGUGUUGCCAUCGAGCUACGUAAUUACAAAGACGCUCCUAUACAAUUUCAACAACUCCGUGCCGAAAUCGAUCUCCUGCGGGGUACCUUGAAACAGGUCCUGAUACUGGAGCCCGAGUGUAGUGCAGAGUGUGAAAGCAUGGAACAGAUCAGAGCCAUCGUCAUCUACUGUGCGCAACCUUUACAGUCCAUGGCUGACAAGAUGAGGACCAAGGAAAGCAGCUUGGGCCACUUCAGAACAGCCAGAAGCCUUAGCAGUAUUGGGACAAGGCUUCACUGGUCUAUGAUCGAUCAAAGCGAUGUCGAGGGACUAAGAAAGAUUCUUCUGUCCCAGAUGGCUGCCAUCAAUACACUAUUGAGCGUUCAGCAACAGUUAGCUUCUCAAUAA